AUGACCACAUCCCUGCGCCCAAGCCUCAGAUGGCUGCAACCACUCCUCAAAACAAAGCCCACCACAACACUCCAACUCCAACGCCAAUUCCUCCCUCGCUUUACAAGCGCGCCAUCACGAACAUACACAACAGCACCCUUCAGGCAACCCCGCACCCCCUUCCGCACCCUCCCAAACCGACGCUUCAACUCCAAUUUCUCCGGAGCUGGAGCUAGCUCGAAAGCCAAAGCAGAGGAAACCCUCACCCUCUCACAACGCCUAAAGAAACUAUCCCGCGAAUACGGCUGGGCUGCGCUGGGCGUGUAUCUUGGAUUAUCCGCGCUUGACUUCCCGUUCUGUUUUGCAGCUGUGCGCUUGCUAGGCGUUGAGCGGAUUGGAUAUUAUGAGCAUGUUGUUGUUUCGUUUGUGAAGGAUUCAUUGAAGAGUGUUUGGCCGGGGAAGAUGGGGGGUGGGGAGGAGGAUGGACAGGGGCAGCUUGCGCAGGCUGAGGAGAGGAAUCAGGAAGAAGCUAGUAUUUGGACACAAUUGGUCUUCGCAUAUGCGAUCCAUAAGAGCUUCAUUUUCAUUCGUGUUCCGUUGACUGCUGCGGUUACGCCGAAGGUUGUCAAGAUACUGCGUGGUUGGGGUUGGGAUAUUGGGAAGCGCAAGCCGAAGAGUACGUGA